AUGUCUGCUCGCGACGAGGAAAGCAGCGAUCAAGCGAUGCCAAUGGCGCCAUUCCCAACCACGACUCAAGACCAACCACAAAACAACAACCUCUCAAAAGGCCCACCCAACAAACCCUCAAAGCUCCUCACUCUCCCUGCAGAGCUUAAGAAUGACAUCUAUCGCAUGGUCCUAUUCCCCACCGACAACGACCCUCCUCAACCAACAACCCCUCACUGGACGCCCUCAGCCUACAUUUCCACCUGUCCGCACGAGUACAUCACGCCCAACCUACUUCAGAUCUGCCAACCGACUCGUAGAGAAGCGUCCGCGAUUCAUUAUUUGGAGAAUAAGUUUGCGAUGUGUUACUGUAAGGGGGAUUUGUUUGAGUAUGUUAUGGAGAGGAGGGGGGAGGUGGUGGAGUGGGAAGGGCUGAAUCUGGAGCGUGAGGAGAUGGAGUCUGGACCUUUGCGUCCUGCGAUACGGAGUGACGAGCUCGGUCGAGGAUUCCUUCGGGAGGUGGAGUUGGGGAGGAAGAGCAGGUGGGAGCUGACGGACAUGGAGAAGUACGAGGGAGCGGAGAAGAUGGUAAGGGUUCUGAAGCCCCCGUAUCCUUCGAUGAGCUCGAUGAGCUUCAUCGUGGCUCCGCCUAGGAGAGCAGAUUAG